CGGCUUCUACCCCUUCGUCCCUAGAAGGGCCUGGAAAGAUGGCCCUGGCCCUGUGGGUCUUCGGCCUGCUGGGCUCUGUGUGCUUGGCGUCGGCCAACAUCUUCGAGUACCAGGUGGAUGCCCAGCCUCUCCGCCCGUGUGAGCUGCAGAGGGAGAGGGCCUUUCUGAAGCGAGCAGACUACGUUCCCCAGUGCGCCGAGGAUGGCAGUUUCCAGACUGUCCAGUGUGGGCAGGACGGUGGCUCCUGCUGGUGUGUGGACGCCGACGGUGGGGAAGUGGCCGGCAGCCAGCAGCCUGGGCGCCCUGCAGCCUGUCUGUCGUUCUGCCAGCUGCAGAAGCAGCAGAUCUUGCUGAGCAGCUACAUCAACAGCACGGCCACAUCCUACCUCCCUCAGUGUCAGGAUUCGGGGGAUUACGAGCCCGUGCAGUGCGACGUGCGGCGGGAGCAGUGCUGGUGUGUGGACACGGAAGGGAUGGAGGUGUACGGGACCCGCCAGCGGGGCAGGCCCACGCGAUGUCCAAAGAGCUGUGAGAUAAGGAACCGCCGUCUGCUCCAUGGGGUGGGGGACAAGUCUCCGCCCCAGUGCUCCCCAGACGGCGCCUUCACGCCUGUGCAGUGCAAGUUUGUCAACACCACGGACAUGAUGAUUUUCGACCUGGUCCACAGCUACAACAGGUUCCCAGAUGCAUUUGUGACCUUCAGUUCCUUCCGCAGAAGGUUUCCGGAGGUGUCUGGGUAUUGUCACUGUGCAGACAGCCAAGGGCGGGAACUGGCUGAGACAGGUUUGGAGCUGUUACUCGAUGAAAUUUAUGACACCGUUUUUGCUGGCCUGGACCUUGCUUCCACCUUCACUGAGACCACCCUGUACCGGAUAUUGCAGAGACGGUUCCUGGCAGUGCAGCUAGUCAUCUCUGGCAGAUUCCGAUGCCCCACGAAAUGUGAAGUGGAGCGGUUUGCGGCCACCAGCUUCGGUCACCCCUACAUUCCCAGCUGCCGCCCGAAUGGGGAGUACCAGGCGGUGCAGUGCCAGAGGGAAGGGCCGUGCUGGUGUGCAGACGCCCAGGGACGGGAGAUCCAGGGGACGCAGCAGCAGCGAGGCGAGCCUCCAUCCUGUGCUGAAGACCAGUCCUGUCCCUCUGAGAGGCGGCGGGCCUUUUCCAGACUCCGCUUUGGGCCGUCAGGCUACUUCAGCCAGCACGACUUGUUCUUGGCUCCCGAGGAAGGACCCGGCUCUCAGAGAGCCGCCAGCUUUGCCACACCCUGCCCCUCCUCCAUCAAGGAGCUCUUUGUGGAUUCCGGGAUCCUCCACCCGAUGGUGCAAGGGCAGGAUGCACGGUUUGCCGCCCCAGGAAGUCUCCUCCAGGAAGCCAUCAGAGGGAUCCUUCCCACCCGAGAGCUGGCCCGUCUCGCCCUGCAGUUCACCACCAACCCAAAGCGACUCCAGCAAAACCUCUUUGGAGGGAGGUUUUUGGAGAAUGUUGGCCAGUUUAACUUGUCUGGAGCCCUGGGCACAAGAGGCACAUUUAAUUUCAGUUACUUUUUCCAGCAACUUGGUCUCCCAGGCUUCCAGAAUGGACGGGUGGCACUAGCAGAUCUAGCCAAGCCUCUCUCCGUGGGACUGGAUGCAAAUCCUGCCACAGAAGCUCCCGAAGCCUCAAAGAUGGGUUUUGCUAUGAAUAAGCCAGUUGUGGGCAGCUUUGGCUUUGAAGUCAACUUACAAGAGAAUCAAAAUGCCCUGAAAUUCCUUUCUUCCUUCCUGGAGCUUCCAGAAUUCCUUCUUUUCUUGCAGCAUGCUAUUUCUGUGCCAGAAGACAGAGCAAGGGAUUUAGGUGAUGUGAUGGAAAUGGUACUCAGCUCCCAGGGCUGUGGGCAGACACCUGGCAGACUUUUUGUGCCAUCAUGCACCGCAGAAGGGAGCUAUGAGGAGGUCCAGUGCUUUGCUGGGGAGUGCUGGUGUGUGGAUGCCCGGGGCCAAGAACUUGCCGGCUCUAAGGUCAGAGGUGGACGACCGAGGUGCCCCACAGAGUGUGAAAAGCAAAGGGCACGCAUGCAAAACCUUUUGGGUAGCCAGCCUGCUGGGUCCAGCCUGUUUGUCCCUUCUUGUACCAGCGAGGGGUACUUCCUCCCUGUCCAGUGCGUUAACUCAGAGUGCUCCUGUGUGGAUGCUGAGGGUCAGCCUAUUCCCGGAACUCGAAGUGAACUUGGAAAACCCAAGGGAUGCCCCACACCCUGUCAGUUACAGGCUGAGAGAGCCUUCCUUGGGACGGUGCGGACCCUGGUCUCUAAUCCCAGCAGUAUGCCCAACCUCUCCAGCAUCUACAUCCCACAGUGCGGUGACAGCGGGCAGUGGAGACGCGUGCAAUGUGACGGGCCCCCUGAGCAGGCCUUUGAGUGGUAUGAACAGUGGGAGGCUCAGAACAGUGGUGGCCAGGAGCUGACCCCUGCAGAGCUGCUAAUGAAGAUCAUGAGCUAUAGAGAAUCGGCUUCCAGAGGCUUCCAUCUCUUUAUUCAAAGUCUGUAUGAGGCUGGCCAACAAGGCAUCUUCCCAGGGCUGGCAAGAUAUCCUUCCAUCCAAGAUGUCCCACUGGCAGUGCUGGAAGGGAACCUGACCCAGCCCGGAGGGAACAUCCUUCUGGAGCCCUACCUCUUCUGGCAGAUGCUAAACGGCCAGCUCAGCCGAUACCCAGGCCCCUACACAGACUUCAGCACCCCACUGGCCCACUUCGACCUCCGAAGCUGCUGGUGUGUGAAUGAGGCUGGUCAAAAGCUGCAAGGAACCCAGACCGAGCCCAACAAGGUCCCAGCAUGUCCUGGCUCUUGUGAGGAAGUGAAGCUCCAUGUCAUGCAGUUCAUUAAGGAAGCGGAAGAGAUUGUCAUGGAUUCCAACAGUUCUCGGUUCCCUCUGGGAGAGAGUUUCCUAGCAGCCAAAGGAAUCCGGCUGACCUAUGAGGAGCUGGCCCUUCCUCGACUCUCUCCAUCCCGGGAGAGUUUCUUGGAGAAGUUUUUGAGCGGGAGUGAUUAUGCCAUUCGAUUGGCAGCUCAGUCCACCUUUGACUUCUACCAGAGACUCCGCAUCCCCCUGGGCGACUCCCCCAAAGCAUCCGGCUCUCUGCGGUCCAGCCCCUACGUGCCCCAGUGUGACGCAUUCGGAAGCUGGAAGCCGGUGCAGUGCCAUGCUGCAACUGGGCACUGCUGGUGUGUGGACGGGAAGGGAGAGUACGUCCCUGCCUCACUGGCCGCCCGCUCCCCGCAGAUCCCGCAGUGCGCCACCAGCUGUGAGAAAUAUCGAGCCAGUGGGCUGAUUUCCAGUUGGAAACAGGCUGGUUCCCAAGUAAAACCAUCUCCGAAAGACCUGUUCAUCCCAACCUGCUUAGAGACAGGAGAGUUUGCCAGGCUGCAGACGUCGGAGGCCGGCCCCUGGUGUGUGGACCCCACCUCAGGAGAGCGCACAUCGCCUGGCACAAACAGCAGCGCCCAGUGCCCAAGCCUCUGUGAAGUGCUCCAGAGCGGAGUCCCCUCCAGGACAGCCAGCCCCGGCUACACCCCGGCCUGCAGGGAGGAGGAUGGAGGCUUCUCCCCAGUGCAAUGCGACCCAGCGCACGGCACCUGCUGGUGUGUCCUGGGCAAUGGAGAGGAGGUGCCCGGGACGCGCGUGGCCGGGAGCCAGCCGGCCUGUGAGAGCCCACAGUGCCCACUGCACUUCAACGUGUCAGACGUGGCUGGCGGGACCGUCCUGUGUGCACAAGCCUCAGGUCCAGGAGGGGCCGCCGUGCAGCAGUGCCGGCUGCUGUGCAGCCCGGGCUACCUGAACGCCUUCCCGCCAGGGCCGCUGCUGUGCAGCCUGCAGAGGAGACGCUGGGAGUCGCCGCCGCCUCAGCCCCGCGCCUGCCAGCGGCCCCAGCUGUGGCAGACCCUACGGAUCCAAGGGCAGCUCCAGCUCCUGCUCCCGCCAGGCAAGGUGUGCAGCAGUGACUACGCAGGCUUGCUGUCAGCUUUCCAGCUCUUCCUAUUAGACGAGCUCACGGCCCGCGGCUUCUGUCAGAUCCAGGUGAAGACGGCUGGGACCCCCGUUUCCAUCCCCGUCUGCGACGACUCCACAGUGCGGGUGGAGUGUCUGAGCGGGGAGCGGUUAGGAGCCAACAUCACUUGGAAAUUGCGGCUGGAGGACGCCCCGCCCACCUCCCUCCCGGAUCUGCUUGACGUUGAGGAGGCCUUGGUGGGCAAGGAUCUCAUUGGGCGCUUUGCAUAUCUGAUCCAAAGCGGACAAUUCCAGCUUCAUCUGGAUUCCAAGACGUUCCCGGCAGACACCUCCAUCCGCUUCCUCCAAGGGGACCGCUUUGGCACCUCUCCCAGGACACAGUUUGGGUGCUUGAAAGGAUUCCGCCAAGUCUCGGCCACCAGCUACGCCAGUCAGGACCCACUGGGGUGCGUUAAAUGUCCUGAAGGAAGCUAUUUUCAGGAUGAGCAGUGUAUUCCCUGUCCUGCUGGAUUCUACCAAGAACAGACAGGUAGCCUGGCCUGUGUCCCUUGUCCUGCGGGCAGAACCACCAUUUCCGUUGGAGCUUUCAGCCAGACUCACUGUGUCACUGACUGUCAGAAGAAUGAAGCGGGCCUGCAGUGUGACCAGGACGGCCAGUACCGAGCCAGCCAGAGGGACAGGGCCAGCGGGAAGGCCUUCUGCGUGGACAGAGAGGGGCAGCGGCUGCCGUGGUCAGAGACGGAGGCCCGGCUGAUGGACGCCCAGUGUCUGAUGAUGCGGAAAUUUGAGAAGCUUCCAGAAUCUAAGGUGAUCUUCAAUGUCGACAUUGCUGUAGUGGUCAGGUCCGAAGUUCCCAGUGCUGAAUCCUCACUGACACAGUGCUUGGCAGACUGUGCACUGGACGAGGCCUGCAGCUUCCUCGCGGUGUCCACGGCAGGGUCAGAAGUCUCCUGCAAUUUCUAUGCGUGGACAAGUGACAACAUCGCCUGCACAACUUCUGGUCGGGAUGAAGAUGCAUUGGGGACCUCCAAGGCCACCAGCUUUGGAAGUCUUGCGUGCCAAGUGAAAGUGAGGAGCGGGGCUGGAGACUCUCUGGCUGUGUAUCUGAAAAAGGGCCAAGAGUUCCCCACAACAGGCCAGAAAAGCUUCGAACCAACUGGUUUCCACAGUGUGCUCUCCGGAAUGUACAGCCCUGUUGCCUUCUCAGCCUCAGGAGCCAGCCUGACCGAGGUGCAUCUCUUCUGUCUUCUCGCCUGUGACCGUGAUACCUGUUGUGAUGGCUUCAUCCUCACGCAGGUCCAAGGAGGUCCCAUCCUCUGCCGGUUGCUGAGCUGGCCGGAUAUCCUGCUUUGCCACGUCAGAGACUGGAGGGACCCUUCGGAAGGCCAGGCUGAUGCUGCGUGUCCUGGGAUGACGUAUGACCAGGAUCAGGACAGCCGCCAGGCGAGGCUGCGUCUGGGAGGCCAGGAGUUCCAGAGUCUGACACCCCUGGAAGGAACCCAGGACACCUUUACCAGUUUCCAGCAGGUUUAUCUCUGGAAAGAUUCUGACAUGGGGUCUCGGUCUGAGUCUAUGGGAUGCAGAAGAGACAUGGAACCAAGGCCAGCAUCUCCAAGAGAAACAGAGUUGACAACAGAGCUUUUCUCCCCUGUGGACCUUAACCAAGUCAUUGUCAACGGAAACCGAUCCCUGCCCAGCCAGCAGCACUGGCUUUUCAAACACCUAUUUUCGCUUCAGCAGGCAAAUCUGUGGUGCCUUUCUCGCUGUGUCCAGGAGCCCUCUUUCUGUCAGCUGGCAGAGGUAACAGACAGUGCACCCUUGUACUUCAUCUGCACCCUCUACCCAGAGGCCCAGGUGUGUGACGAUGUCAUGGAGUCCAGUCCCAAGGGCUGCAGACUGAUCCUGCCCCACAGGCCAAGUGCCCUCUUCCGGAAGAAAGUUGUGCUGCAAGAUAAAGUGAAGAAUUUUUAUACUCGCCUGCCAUUCCGAAAGCUGACGGGGAUUUCCAUUAGAAACAAAGUGCCCAUGUAUAACAAAUCCAUUUCCAGUGGCUUCUUUAAAUGUGAACGACUGUGUGACAUGGACCCGUGCUGCACCGGCUUUGGCUUCCUGAACGUUUCCCAAUUAAAAGGAGGAGAGGUGACAUGCCUAACUCUGAACAGCUUGGGACUUCAGACAUGCAGCGAGGAAAACAGAGGAGCCUGGCGCAUUCUGGACUGUGGCUCUCCUGACACUGAGGUCCGCACCUAUCCCUUUGGAUGGUACCAGAAGCCUGCUGCCCAAAAUGAUGUGCCCAGUUUUUGCCCUUCAGUGGCCCUGCCUGUCCUCACAGAGAAUGUCACUCUGGACUCGUGGCAGGCCCUGGCCCUCUCUUCAGUAGUUGUUGAUCCAUCCAUCAGGAAUUUUGACGUUGCCCACAUCAGCACCGUUGCCACUGGUGACUUCUAUGCAGCCCGAGACCGCUGUUUGUGGGAGUGUUCCCGUCACCAGGCCUGCCUCGUCACCACUCUGCAGACCCGACCUGGUGCUGUGAGGUGCAUGUUCUAUGCUGAUACCCAGAGCUGCACACACAGCCUGCAGGCCCAGAACUGCCAGCUUCUGGUCCGUGAAGAGGCCACCCACAUCUACCGGAAGCCAAACAUCCCUCUGCUGGGCUUUGGGACAUAUGCACCUUCUGUGACCAUUGCCACCUACGGCCAGCUGCUGGGCAGAUCCCAGGCCAUCCAGGUGGGCACUUCGUGGAAGCAAGUGGACCAGUUCCUGGGAGUUCCGUAUGCUUCCCCACCCCUGGCGGAGGGCCGCUUCCGGGCUCCAGAGCCCUUGAACUGGACAGGGUCCUGGGAUGCCAGCAAGCCACGGGCCAGCUGCUGGCAGCCAGGCAUUGGGACGGCCAUGUCUCCAGGGGUCAGCGAAGACUGCCUGUAUCUCAACGUGUUUGUCCCUCAGAACGUGGCCCCCAACGCAUCUGUGCUGGUGUUCUUCCACAACGCCGUGGAGGGCAGGGGCAGCGGGGCCCGGCCGGCCAUGGACGGCUCCUCCUUGGCUGCUGUUGGCAACCUCAUCGUGGUCACUGCCAGCUACCGCGUGGGUGUCUUUGGCUUCCUGAGUUCUGGGUCCAGCGAGGUGAGCGGCAACUGGGGCCUGCUGGACCAGGCAGCAGCUCUGACCUGGGUGCAGGCUCACAUCGGAGUGUUUGGCGGGGACUCUCGGCGCGUGACCCUGGCAGCAGACCGUGGUGGAGCCGACGUGGCCAGCAUCCACCUUCUAACCACCAGGGCCGCUGACUCCAGACUCUUCCGGAGAGCCGCACUGAUGGGCGGCUCCGCACUCUCCCCUGCCGUGGUCAUCAGGCCCGAGAGGGCUCGGCAGCAGGCAGCUGCUUUGGCGAAGGAGGUUGGCUGCCCCACCUCGUCUGUCCAAGAAAUGGUGUCCUGCCUCCGCCGGGAGCCUGCCGACAUCCUCAAUGAUGCCCAGACCAAGCUCCUGGCCGUGAGCGGCCCCUUCCACUACUGGGGUCCUGUGGUCGAUGGCCAGUACCUCCGAGAGGCUCCAGCCAGAGCGCUGCAGAGGUCUCCACGGGCGAAGGUGGACCUGCUCAUUGGGAGUUCUCAGGACGAUGGGCUCAUCAACAGAGCCAAGGCCAUGAAGCAAUUUGAGGAAAGUCAGGGCAGGACCAGUAGCAAGACAGCCUUUUACCAGGCGCUGCAAAAUUCCCUGGGCGGCGAGGCAGCGGACGCCAGCGUGCAGGCUGCUGCAACGUGGUACUACUCCCUGGAGCACGACACUGACGACUACGCCUCCUUCUCCCGCGCCCUGGAGGCGGCCACGCGGGACUACUUUAUCAUCUGCCCCGUGAUCGACAUGGCCAGCUACUGGGCAAGGAGGGCCCGAGGAAACGUCUUCAUGUACCACGCUCCCAAAAGCUACGGCCGCAGCAGCUUGAAAUUGCUGGCAGAUGUUCAAUAUGCCUUUGGGCUUCCCUUCCACCCUGCCUACGAGGGGCAGUUUACUCUGGAGGAGAAAAGCCUCUCCCUGAAAAUCAUGCAGUACUUUUCCAACUUCAUCCGAUCCGGAAAUCCCAACUACCCUCAUGAGUUCUCUAGGAAAGCGCCUGGAUUUGCAUCGCCCUGGCCUGACUUUGUCCCCCGUGAUGGUGCAGAAAGCUACAAGGAGCUCAGUGUCCUCCUCCCCAAUCGACAGGGCCUGAAAAAGGCCGACUGCUCCUUCUGGUCCAAGUACAUCCAGUCUCUAAAGGCCUCGGCAGAUGAAGCUGAGGCUGGGCCAUCAGCAGGCAGUGAAGAGGAGGACCGGCCGGCUGCCUCUGGGCUGACAGAAGAUCUCUUGGGUCUCCCGGAGUUAGGAUCCAAGACCUACAGCAAGUGACCAGCCCCCGAGAUCUCCCCGUAUCCUGCCAGCCCCACCCCAGCUGCCACCCUGGACACCUUAUUCUCCAGCAUAGCCACUAACUUUCAAUAAAGUGUCUACAUGCAGAGAAGCA